CAUUAAUAAACCUAUUGAAUAUUAGAGUUCAAUAUGAGAUUCUUAAGAUGUAUGAAUGUAUUUUAUUAUUCUCCACAGACGUCCAGCAGCAGUUGGUGAUGAAACAAGAGGUUCCCCCUGAACAGCAGGACUGGAGCUCCAGUCUGGACCAGGAGGACCCAGAGCCUCCAGACAUUAAAGAGGAACAGGAGGACCAGGAGAACCCAGAGCCUCCAAACAUUAAAGAGGAGCAGGAGGACCCAGAGCCUCCACACAUUAAAGAGGAGCAGGAGGACCCAGAGCCUCCACACAUUAAAGAGGAGCAGGAGGACCCAGAGCCUCCACACAUUAUAGAGGAGCAGGAUGAACUCAGGAUCAGUCAGGAGGGAGAGCAGCUUCAAAAGCUGGAGGAGGCUGGAAUCAAGUUCUCAUUCAGCCCUGUAAAGAGUCAAUAUGAUGAUGAGGAAGCUCAGCUCUCAAAGUCCAUAAAAACUGACAAAAGAGAGGCAGAACAUUUGAAAACAGAAGCAGACGGAGAGGAAGUCAGAUCCAGAUCAGAUCCAGAUAGUCCUUUACAACCAACUGCUGAUGAGACGUCACAAUCCUCUGAAUGUGAGACUGAUUACAGUGACGAUUGGAAGGAGACUCAGGAACCUCAGUCACGUUUAAACCCUUUGGAAAGCAAUGAAGUCCCUGUAGGUGACAUGGACUGUGGUACUGGAAACGCAUCAAUUAGCUCUUCUCAAUAUGCUGGAAGCUUUGGCCAAAAGAGACAUCUGAAGAGACACUCUGGAGCCAAAACAGGAGUGACCAGUUCUUCAGUUUGUGGUAAAACAUUCAGACAAGUGCAACCUCUGAAACAACACUCAACUGUUCAUACAGGUGAGAAACUAUUCAAUUGUUCAGUUUGUGGUAAAACAUUCAGACAUGCAGGCAAUCUGAAACAACACUCAACUGUUCAUACAGGAGAGAAACUAUUCAGUUGUUCAGUUUGUGGUAAAACAUUCAGCCGAGCAAGCUAUCUGAAACUACACUCAACUGUCCACACAGGGGAGAAACUAUUCAGUUGUUCAGUUUGUGGUAAAACAUUCAGACAAGCAGGCGAUCUAAAACGACACUCAACUGUUCAUACAGGUGAGAAACUAUUCAGUUGUUCAGUUUGUGGUAAAACAUUCAGACAAGCACGCAAUCUAAAACGACACUCAACUGUUCAUACAGGAGAGAAACUAUUCAGUUGUUCAGUUUGUGGUCAAACAUUCAGACAAGCACGCAAUCUAAAACAACACUCAACUGUUCAUACAGGAGAGAAAUUAUUCAGUUGUUCAGUUUGUGGUAAAACAUUCAGUCAUGCAGGCAGUCUAAAACGACACUCAGCUGUUCAUACUGGAAAAACAAAUUAGCCUUCAGUUUUCUAUAAAAGAUUCCCUCUUCUCCGUGAUUUAAAAAGAAAUCACAAUUGCAUUGUUGAGGUCAUCAGAAAUAAAUGAGACAUUGUUGUUGAUGUUAGCAGAGUUGAUGUUCAUGAUAAGGUUGAAGAAGUGUUCUUGCUUGUGUUGCUGCAAGUCUUAAACCUAUAUGAUAUAUAUUUAUAUGUAUAUACGUAAAUCUAUAUAUUUUUAUAUAUAAAUAUAUAUUUCUAUAUAUAUAUUUAAAUAUAAAUAGAGAUUUAUUUAAAAACAAAUUCCUUUAUAUAUAUAUAUAUAGUGUAUGUAUUUUGUUUAGAUUAUUUCUUUACGUUUCUUUAUUUAAUUUGUUUGGCUUUUAUUUCUGUUCAUUUUUGCUGUUUAUUAUUGACAAUGUGAAACUGUUUAAAGACAAAAUACUUGCAACGUCGAUAUCGCUGCUUCCACAACUUCCGGCUAUGGCUCGGGUCAGCUGACCCUGAACUGGCCAAUCAGAAGUGCCUCUCUGUGGUAAAUCCCGGGUUGUUUUGAUAGGGACGCACAGUGCUGAGCGGUUCACACCAGAGAGACCGCGGGGAGACAUGACGGAGGAGACCUCCAUAAGAGGUGGUAUUGUAAAAGUAUUACUCCUUCAUGAUUUAACUAUAAUAUUCUGAUGUACCUGGCUUAAUGUUUUUAUUGUUUUGACUCGUCUUUAUCUAUUAUUAUCUAUUUUUGUAUUGUGUCUUUAUGUAAAGCCUCAAUGUACCUUAUUUACAUGCUUAAAGUUAAGUUUAUAAUAAUAAACACAGUAUAUUUGCUGAAGUUGGUCUAAAAAUAAUAAUAAAAUACUCUGAUUUAAAUGGUAAUUUGUGUCUCAAAUGUUUAUCCAUGAAAUAAAAAACCCAGAAUGUUUAAAAAUGCAAAUAUAUGUUUUUCUUCAAAGACUACAUAACAAAGUGAUGUAAUCCGGAUCACAAGAUGUCUCUGAGCUCCCUGAAGUGUUUCCUCGGUGGUUUGUGGUUUUCACAUCAUGCACAUGAAGCUCAAACAAUCCAAGCGAUUGAACCAAAAGCAAAACCCAUUUUGAAAUGGAGGGUGGCUUCAAUAUAAUAAUAAUAAAAAUCUUCACGAUU